AUGCUUAUUGGUGAAAAAUUAAAUGUGAAAAUUGAAGAACAGGACAUUGUAAGCAUCCAGCGAAUGGGUCCACUGCGAGGUUAUAUAGAAGGAGAAGGCGCUGUUCAGCCACGACCAUUUGCUGUGCGCUUGGCGCGCCGAACGCUGCGCGACCGUCUGUUACAAAGCGCGCGUGUCCGUCACGGUGCCGAUACUACAGGUUUUGGCCUGCCGGGUUCGCCGAAGAAGUUCUAUAUAAAUGAGCGUCUUACCUGUAUAAAUCGCCAGUUAUUCUUCAAGGCCCGUCAAAUGGGCUCUAAGAGCGGUUGGAAUUAUGUGUGGACACGAGAAGGUCGCAUUUUUACGCGCGACGAGAUCAGAACACGGAGGCACGCCGAAUAA